AUGCCUCCUAAAAAGCCAGUUCCUGCGAAAGCACCUGCGCGACCUGCAGCAAAGCCUGCACCAGCGAAACCAGCAGGGAGGGGGGCUCCCGCAAAGCGAGGUGCUCCGGCUGCAGGUGUAAAGAAAGGAGGAGCAGCUGCUCCAGCAAAAGGUAAAGCAGAGCCAGCAAAACCUAAAGAAAAAGUUUGGACCCCAAAGGAUGAUGCAGCCAGGAAAAUACAGUGCAAGAUCAGACAGUUUUUGGCCAAAAAAAAACUUGCACAAAAGAAAAAGGAAAAAGCAGACUAUGAAGAACUCAUGGAUAAACUUGAAAAAGAGGCAUUUAUGAAGUUAGUUCAAAUGGAGCAAGAAGAAGCAGAACGUCAGCGUAAGAAGGAAGAAGAAGAGAGGCGAAGAAGACAGGCUGAGGCCAAGAGAAGGAAGAGGAUGCUGGAAGCAGCCUUUGAGGGAGAUCUUGAUGAAAUUAUGGCAGUAUUACAGGAGGUCAAAGAUUUAGAUGAUAAAAAUGAAGUAGGAAAGGACUCCAUUGGGAUGGCUUUAAGAAAUAAACAUGAGAUGGCUGUUGUGGAAUGUGAAGAUCCCAAUGAUAACACACCUCUGUCUGAGGCAGCAAAUGGUGGAAGUGUGGAGACCAUAAAAUUUCUUCUUGACAAGGGAGCUGACCCUAACACAAAGGGUCAGUUUGGCCGUACACCUCUUUACCGAGCUGCUUUCGCUGGACAUCUGGAAGCUUGUCAGUUGUUACUUCAAAAUGGUGCUGAUCCAAGAAUCUAUGCCAGUGAUAGCCAGACUCCACAACAGAUAGCCUCUCAGAAAGCUGUACAGGACUUGAUAGGGGACUGGGAUGUUGCCCAAACAGAUAUCCUACUGGCUAAACUUGAAGCAGCCAAAGAACAACGCAUGGAAGAACAAAGGAAGAGAAAUGAAUUUGAGCAGAGCAAACUUGAAAGCAAGGUUGAAGCUGCUCAACAUGAAUAUGAUGUUUUACAGAAACAAUUAAAUAAAGCUUACUGUGAGCUUGAGAAGAGGAUCUCGGAACAUGAUGAGGCGAUGAACAGUGGAUUUGAUCGUCCAGAUGUCACCCUACAGGCAAUCCAUGAUGGUGAGGAUGAAGUUGAGGUAUUGAAACUGAAUACAGAGAAAGCUCGAGAAAAGUUAGCAAACGCCAAACUGGAACUCCGUGAACAGAAGAGAGCAGGACAAUCUGCUCUUGAUGAAGAGGAACUACCAGGGGUCAAAGUAAUGACCCGAGAACUGGAAGAUGUUUUACUUAGGGAUGUGGGUAAUAAAAUCAAAGACUCUGGCAAGUGGCCAUUGAUCAUCGAUCCUAAUGCCCAGGUCGCAACCUUCCUACGUUAUCGUGACACAAACUACCUCAAUGCCCUUAGUCCAGCCCAGAUGGAGGCAGACAAGGCCAGAAUGGCAAUCAUAGGGUCUAUAAGGUAUGGUAAACCUCUGGUGUUGGAUAUGAUGGAAGUUGACAUGUUCGACACUGUUACUAUGAGGUUUGAUGAAAUUCUUGAGGGCCUCAUGGGAAAGAUUAUGGACAAAAGUGUAUUGGAGGAAGAAAUAUACUUAAAAUUGGUGAAAAAAUCAGAUGGAGACGAGUACGCAAAGACAAAGUUCAAUGACUUACGGACAAAAAAUUUCCGAUUUUUCAUAAUCACUAAGAAUCCAUAUCCUCCAGAUGAAUUAUUGGAACAAACCUAUGUCAUCCGCAUGUACGUACCUACCUGAUGGCGUUUUCAUCGCCAUGGAUUCUGGAAUCCUGAUAAAUUAAGCCGA